UCCUCAGGUUUAAAAGCACAGCACUGGUUGUUAAGGAAAAGCUGGACGUUUUCCACGGACGCAUUAUUUUGUUUUGUUUUUGUUUCUUUUUUCCUUUUUUGGGGAGGGGAGGGGCUGACCUCGAACUCUGGUCCGUCUGCUUCUGCCUGCGAGUCACAGGCUCGGCCGCCAUGAAGGUGAAGAUUAAGUGCUGGAAUGGUGUGGCCACUUGGCUCUGGGUAGCCAAUGACGAGAACUGCGGCAUCUGCAGGAUGGCGUUUAAUGGCUGCUGUCCAGACUGUAAGGUGCCUGGGGACGACUGCCCUCUGGUGUGGGGGCAGUGUUCGCACUGCUUCCACAUGCACUGCAUCCUCAAGUGGCUGAACGCGCAGCAGGUGCAACAGCACUGCCCCAUGUGUCGUCAAGAGUGGAAGUUCAAGGAGUGAGGCCUGUGUUCCCUCUACCAGCACUGGGCCAGGCUCCGUCCCUUCCUCCCCUCCUCACAGUGGCACCCCGGCCCUGGUUCUGCACUGAGGACAAGGAUGCCUUCCUUUUGGCUGAAACAAGGAGGUCUUUUUGUUUGUUCGUUUUUUCAUCGCAUCAUUGACACUUUUAUUCAAUAAGUAAACUCAUUAAAGUCCCGAGCCUUGCUGGAGGCCUCCGGCUGCUGCUUUCUUGACAUUGAUACAGCUGCAGCGUGUUUUGUUAUGAAAACCCCUAUGAAUAAACAUCUUGAUGAAA